AUGGAAGAACUUGGUACUGGACGCAAUCCGAGUCCCAACCUCCCCACCGGUUACGCCCAAAUCGCUUACCUCAUGGCCCUAUAUCCUGAAAUGACCAUUGUUAGGCGUUUCGGGUACCUUAACUCGCUCAACUUCCUCAGACUACAAGCCCAGCUCAGUGACCUAUUAGUGCAAUUAAGAGACCAGCAAAGGGCAGAUAGCGAGAGUGGGGACCAAAUCAGACAGACGUUCUCGAUAUCUUUCCAAGAGAUGGCGACGGCAAGAGACACCGACUCCCUUCAAUAUGAUACCAUGGAGGCGCUUGGGCGAGCUCUGGCCGAGUAUGCUGCGGCUGUCCAGCAAAAGGCCUUUUUUGAUAGGCUCUCAAAGCCAACGCGACGCGAGAUCGACUCUCUUGGGUCCGUGCUGACGCAACAGGGAAUACUUACGGAAGAAAACUGGUUGACGGAGAAUCGAGAGGACCUGGUUGUUCUCGCGGAGCGCGACCACGACGACCGCAUCACCCGAUCCGUUCGGGGAGGAUUACUGGCGAUUUUUCAUCGCGUGGUGCAGGUUUUUAAACGGGGUUCCCCUUGGACAGUCCCGGGCACCGACCUUAGCGCAUACGCCGAGGACAAACUCUCGCUGGCCUCUCGAAUUCUCUCGUCGGUCAUCGCAGCCAUCGUGCCCACAGUGGGACUCUUGGCUCUCACCAAGAUCCCAUCCAAGGCUAUGUGUCUACUCUUUAUCGGAGGGUACGCGAUUGCCUUCUCCGCCUUGCUCGCGGUGCUCACUUCUGCCAAACAGACUGAUGUUUUCAUCCUCAUGGUCAGUUGGAUGACGGUAGCCGUCGUGUUUGUAACAAACUGA